GCGGGGCGGGGCGGGGCCGGGCGGGCAGCAGGUUUCUCGUCACUCGGGCAGGGUCCGGACGCGAUCGCCGCCGGCGCCGGGAGCCGCCGCCCCGCCCGGGACCGCCGGGCUCCGGAGCUGGCCAGGAUGGCGCAGUGGAACCAGCUGCAGCAGCUCGACACGCGGUACCUGGAGCAGCUCCACCAGCUCUACAGCGACAGCUUUCCCAUGGAGCUCCGGCAGUUCCUCGCCCCGUGGAUUGAGAGCCAGGACUGGGCGUACGCCGCCAGCAAGGAGUCGCACGCCACGCUGGUGUUCCACAACCUGCUGGGGGAGAUCGACCAGCAGUACAGCCGCUUCCUGCAGGAGUCCAACGUCUUGUACCAGCACAACCUGCGGCGCAUCAAGCAGUUCCUGCAGAGCAGGUACCUGGAGAAGCCGAUGGAGAUAGCCCGCAUCGUGGCCCGCUGCCUGUGGGAAGAGUCCCGGCUCCUCCAGACAGCUGCCACCGCGGCCCAGCAAGGGGGACAGGCAACACACCCGACAGCAGCUGUAGUGACAGAGAAGCAGCAGAUGCUGGAGCAGCAUCUGCAGGAUGUGAGGAAGAGAGUGCAGGAUCUGGAGCAGAAGAUGAAAGUGGUGGAGAAUCUCCAGGAUGACUUUGAUUUUAACUACAAGACUUUGAAAAGCCAAGGAGACAUGCAGGACCUGAAUGGAAACAAUCAGUCGGUGACCCGGCAGAAAAUGCAGCAGCUGGAACAGAUGCUCACAGCCCUGGACCAAAUGCGAAGGGGUAUUGUGAGCGAGCUGGCUGGACUGUUGUCAGCCAUGGAGUAUGUGCAGAAGAUGCUGGCGGAUGAGGAACUGGCGGACUGGAAGAGACGGCAGCAGAUCGCCUGCAUUGGCGGCCCACCAAAUAUCUGCUUAGACCGGCUGGAGAACUGGAUAACCUCUCUUGCCGAAUCACAGCUACAGACCCGGCAGCAGAUCAAGAAGUUGGAAGAGUUGCAACAGAAAGUGUCCUACAAGGGCGACCCGAUCGUCCAACACCGGCCCAUGCUGGAGGAGCGGAUUGUGGAGCUGUUCAGGAACCUGAUGAAAAGCGCUUUCGUCGUGGAGAGGCAGCCCUGCAUGCCCAUGCACCCUGACCGGCCCCUCGUCAUCAAAACCGGCGUGCAGUUCACCACCAAAGUCAGGUUGUUGGUCAAGUUUCCAGAGCUGAACUACCAGCUGAAAAUUAAAGUCUGCAUUGACAAGGACUCCGGGGAUGUUGCAGCACUUCGGGGGUCCCGGAAGUUUAACAUCCUGGGGACAAACACCAAGGUCAUGAACAUGGAGGAGUCGAACAACGGCAGCCUCUCGGCUGAGUUCAAGCACCUGACCCUGCGGGAGCAACGGUGCGGUAACGGCGGCAGAGCCAACUGCGAUGCCUCGCUGAUAGUCACCGAGGAGCUGCACCUCAUCACCUUCGAGACAGAGGUGUAUCACCAGGGGCUGAAGAUCGACCUGGAGACGCACUCGCUGCCUGUGGUGGUCAUCUCCAACAUCUGCCAGAUGCCCAAUGCCUGGGCCUCCAUCCUGUGGUACAACAUGCUGACCAACAACCCCAAGAACGUGAACUUCUUCACCAAGCCCCCCAUCGGGACCUGGGACCAGGUGGCAGAGGUGCUGAGCUGGCAGUUCUCCUCCACCACGAAGCGCGGCCUCAGCAUCGAGCAGCUGACAACGCUGGCAGAAAAACUUCUAGGGCCCGGUGUGAAUUACUCCGGCUGUCAGAUCACCUGGGCCAAGUUCUGCAAGGAGAACAUGGCUGGCAAAGGCUUCUCUUUCUGGGUCUGGCUGGACAACAUCAUUGACCUGGUGAAGAAGUAUAUCCUGGCGCUGUGGAACGAAGGGUACAUCAUGGGGUUCAUCAGCAAGGAGCGGGAGCGAGCCAUCCUGAGCACCAAGCCCCCGGGAACCUUCCUGCUGCGGUUCAGCGAGAGCAGCAAGGAGGGUGGCAUCACCUUCACGUGGGUGGAGAAGGACAUCAGCGGGAAGACCCAGAUCCAGUCUGUGGAGCCUUACACCAAGCAGCAGCUGAACAACAUGUCAUUUGCGGAGAUCAUCAUGGGCUACAAAAUCAUGGAUGCCACCAACAUCCUGGUGUCCCCACUGGUGUACCUGUACCCAGACAUCCCCAAGGAGGAGGCGUUUGGGAAGUACUGCCGCUCCGAGAGCCAGGAGCACUCCGAAGCCACCGACUCAGGUAGUGCUGCUCCGUAUCUGAAGACCAAGUUCAUCUGUGUCACCCCCACCUCCUUCAGCAACACCAUCGACCUGCCCAUGUCCCCGCGCACCCUGGACUCGCUCAUGCAGUUUGGCAACAGCAGUGAGGGAGCAGAGGCCAAUGCAGGAGGGCAGUUCGAGUCGCUGACCUUCGACAUGGAGGUGACGCCGGAGUGUGCUUCUUCACCAAUGUGAGGUGCUCCGCCGGCGCUCGGGGGGGCCCUCCCAGGACUGGGGUUCCCGCCUCCAAAGAGCUGCCCCCCUCCCGCCCUGCUCGGUCGCGGCUGCUCUGGGCCUUUUCUCGGGAGGAGCCGGGGGCCGGGGCCCUUGCCACCGACUCCUUGUUUGACCCAAACGAACGCCCCCCCUCUCCAGGGCGGUGCCGUUCGUCUCUUAGGGGGGAGGGGGGAUGAACCUUUUUCUAUUUCCUUCCAUAACAGUUUUUUAUUAUUAUUUCGCUCAUUCAAGUGCCUAUUAGCCUCCGAUUACAGCCUCAGUUUUUACAAACGCUUCUGCAGCCCGGGUCGUGCUGCCUGCUGCUGGAAGCUGCUUUCCCAACUGCCAGGGGCCAAAAGCCCCUGAAGAUCGUGUGAGCCCGGGCGAGCCCCCGCAGCCCCCCGGCUGGCCCAGGGCUCCCCUCUGCCCCCCGCCCCGGGGCUGCGCGGCGGAGGGGCUCGGCCUGGGCUUCGCUGGGAGUUUCGGUGGCUGCCGCCAGCUUCCUGCUGCGGGCGCGGAGAUCCGGCCGGCUCCAGCAGCCCCAGGGCUCCUGCUGGGGCGACUGGUUUCUCUAGGGUGCAAAGGCUGCCCUGGGGCAGGGCAGGGAUGUGUCCCAACACCGGCCGUGCUUGUGAGCCUGCAGCAUUUGCACCUUGGGUCUGGUUUGGGACCUGGGCGUAACCCCCGAGGCCGCCCCAAGCGUGGCUGGCCCCGUGGCCGGGCUGGUGCCCAGGGCAGGGCUGCGCGUCCCUGGCUGGGCAGAAUUAGACCUGUUAGGAGGGGGGGGGGGCUGCGGGAUCCAACGUGACCUGCAGUGGGUGGCCUGGCCCAGCCCUUUUCCCUCAGUUAGGGCUUGUGAUGUCCCAGGCAGUGGGUUUGCAGCUUCUUGGGGGCUUUGCGUGGCAUUUUUGUUGGAGGUUGGCUGUCGCUGUUGAGGUAGGAGGUGGCAAGAGCUGAAGGGAGCAGGGUGAAGGGAGGGAGAGGAGCCUGCUGUUGGCCAGCGCUCGGCAGGGCUGUGGGCGUUGCAAAGGGCAGGUUUGCUUGCUCGGGGGGGGUCGAGGAAAGGUGGAAGCGAUGGUUGUGGUUCUGUAUUUACCAAAGUAGGGGGAGCCCCCCUGCCCUUUUCAGGCCAUGGGUGUGCAGGCGCUGCGGAGCGAGGAGGGGCACUGGUGUUAACGGGGCGGCGGCGGGGCGGCACGAGGGAGCUGUCGGCUCUGAGGCCGCGGGUGACACCAGCAGAGAAACGUCUUACUGGGCACCAGCCCCCGAGCUUCACCCUCUCAGAUGUGUCCUGAUUUGGCCCUGCGGGGAGAGGAACCCUCAAUCCUCUGUACCUGUUGGGCAGGGGGCACCCGGGGUGUGGCUCUGGCUUUUCUGCCCAGUAAAGACCGUGGGGUGUCCCCCCAGUAUCCCAGCCUGCGGGCAGGGAGGCAGAGGGCAGGGGCCAGGGUCCCCAGGGGAAGGGAGAGGGGGGCUGUGGGGUCCGGGCCAGCCCCCUUAGCUGUGUGUGGGCAGGAGUGGGGGGGGCCCUGGGGAAGGACUGGCCUUUGAAGGUGGGAGGUGCUCAGAGGGGACGAGGGCCGUGUGCCCCCAUGCUCAUGUGUAGCUGCCUCCAGUUGCAGUCACUGUAGCCCUGGGCAGCCUUCAAUACUGUAAAAAAAUUUAUUUUUUUGUAUAUUUUAUUGCUGUAUCUACAGGCUUUAACUUUCUCCAAAAUAAAGGCUCUGAAGCGCCGUGCUCUGGG